AUGACUUUCAUGUAUCCACUCCCAGUGUCCGUCUCUCUGUCUCUUCUCUGUAUGCCUCCUCACAGGCCCGCUACAAAGAUAAAAGGCAAUGUCAUUGCUGAAGAUCAGUUGGCCCAGAUGGCCAAACAAAUGGAAACCUUCAAGGUGAAUCUGGAAGAAUUUGCGACCAAACACAAAGACCAGAUCAAAAAAGAUCCAGAGUUCCGUGUCCAAUUCCAGGAAAUGUGUGCCUCAAUAGGCGUAGAUCCACUUGCAUCCAGCAAAGGUUUCUGGUCUGAAAUGCUGGGUGUUGGUGAUUUCUACUAUGAGCUAGCAGUUAAGAUUGUAGAGGUGUGCAUGGCCACCAGCCAUCGGAAUGGAGGCUUGAUCCGUCUUGAUGAACUAAAAUCCCGGUUGGAAGUUUCUCGGCACAAGAACACUCAGGAGAUUAGCAUAGAUGACUUACUGCGAGCAAUCCGAAAACUAAAGACUUUGGGUAAUGGUUUCACAAUUCAUCCCAUUGGUAAAACAUUUCUCAUCCAGUCAGUCCCUGGUGAAUUGACAAUGGAUCACACCACAGUCCUCCAGCAGGCGCAGAAAUCUUACUAUGUGACUGUAUCAGGACUUGUGGAUACGCUCAAAUGGGAGAAGGAAAGAGCUAUCAAGGCAUUGGAGUAUAUGUUGAAAGAAGGGCUGGCCUGGGUGGAUGAUCAAGCUGAAGGAGAGAGGCAGUACUGGUUCCCUACUCUCUUCCCAGAUGCGCAGACACCUUAA